AGCUAUAUAUAUUUUAAGAGAAACUCUACUUUUUCAUACAGAUACACCCUUUAAUUUUGGCUCCAUUAACAGACUCCAAAUCACAUCAAGAUCAAAAGACAUGGCUUCUAAUAAUUCUAGGGAUGAUCAACAGUACACGUCCAAGCACCAUGACAAUCAGCUGAAGCAAGACCUGUUCCAGAACGUCCUCACAGAGCCAAACUGGGAAAAAGUUGUGGAAAUACACAAAAACAAUCCAGCGGCGUUCAAGACGAAGAUCACGAGCUCAGGCCACACGGCUUUGCACCUGGCAAUCUCCGAAUCCCGAAAACGCAUCGUUGGGAGGCUUGUGGACAUCGCCAAAUGUUAUAACAAUGAUGAUGUUGUUGAAGAUUCCAAUAAUAUUUCUGAAGCAAAAGAAAUACUUGAAUUCGCCAACGACAAAGGUCUCACGCCUCUCCAUGUCGCUGCGGCGACGGGGAGCAUGAAGAUGUGCAGAUACAUCAUCGCUGUCGACAAAUCGCUAGUGCUUGUGAGGGACAAGAAGGGGGAGACUCCUCUCUUCAGGGCUGUUCAUUAUGGGCGGAAGAAAGCUUUCCUUUACCUACACUCGGUUGUGUUUGAAGCUGACGAUCGAAACCACGACGACGUUGACAGAAAGUACUGCUGGAGAGAUGAUGAUCAGACCAUCCUGCACAAUGCAAUCAUCAGGGAAAACUUUGAUUUGGCGUUCCAGAUAAUUCACCUGUACAGAGAACUUGUUAAUCUUGUCGACAAAGGAGGAGAUACCCCAAUUCAUAAAUUGGCCAGAAAGCCUGCUGCCUUUGCAAGUGGUAGCAGCCUUCGCGGACGUGAUAAAAUCGUCUAUAACUGCAUUUCUGUAAAAGAAUUGAAGUUCAAAGCAGUGGAGGAUCCAACAGAAGAAGCCAAAGAUAAGACAAAUCUCAACCCUUCACAAAACAAGCUAGGUUUCCUCAAUUUCAUUAGUUUAUUGUGGAGGAACACCUUUCAAGCUGAACAUGCAGAAAAAGAAGGUGCAUAUGUUGACGUAGAGAACCAUAUUGAAGGCAACAGAUCAGGUUCAGACACUGAUCAAAAGCGUCAAUACUUCUUGCCUUUUAGCAAUCUGAAGAGUUGCUUUCGCAAGCUUGUAUGCACGGUUACACCGGUUGUUCUUGGAUACAGACAAAUGAGUAUAAGGAAGAUACAGAAAGAGAAGAAGAAACAUGUAUGGGCAGUUCAGGUGUUGGAUGAACUCUUAAAACAUGCUACUAUGUACGACGGCAGAGAACGCCUUAGAGCAAGUCAGCUGCAAAAAAGCGUGACCAAAAACUUCGACGACAGUUCAGACGAUGAUCAAGAUCGUUCAAGAGAAAACUCAGAUGAAGAGUACUUUGACGACGAUAUAUCUGAAAGUAGCAAGUCCUCUGAGCAGCCAAUUUGUACUAAUGUUUCAGUAUCAGAGGCAGGGCAGGAGCUGGAAUGCUCAAAAAAGGAAAGAAGGGAGACAGCCGUAUUGCUGGCAGCAAAAUAUGGGAUUGCGGAAAUGGUAGAGAAAAUUCUCCAAAAAUUUCCGGUGUCGAUAUACGACAAGGACAAACUUAGCAGCAAGAACAUUGUGCUGGUGGCAGUGGAGAACAGGAAUUUGCAAGUGUAUAAGCUCUUGAUAAACAAGUAUCCUAGGAAACAUGUCGUGUUCCAGAAAGUGGAUAAGAAAGACAACACUGCAUUGCAUUAUGCAGCAAUGUAUGAUCAAGACCAUGUAAAGCCUUGGCCCGUUCCUGGUGCGGCCCUGCAAAUGCAGUGGGAAAUCAAAUGGCAUGAGUUUGUGGAGAACACCAUGCCACCACGCCUCUACCUACGAACCAACAAGGAUGGUGAAACCCCAAGGGAAAUGUUCUCCCACACCCACAAGGGACUGGUCAAAGCCGGCGGCGACUGGCUUACAAGCACGGCCACCUCUUGCUCCGUCGUGGCCACCUUAAUCGCCACUGUUGCCUUUGCUAGCUCUACCACCGUUCCAGGAGGAACGGACAACAAGACCAACAAACCAACGCUCGGAAGAACCCCUACGUUCGAAUUGUUCGCCAUUGCCACUGUUGCCUUUGCUAGCUCUACCACCGUUCCAGGAGGAACGGACAAUAAGACCAACAAACCAACGCUCGGAAGAACCCCUACGUUCGAAUUGUUCGCCAUCUUAUCUCUUAUCGCUCUAUGCUUUUCGGUCACUUCUCUUAUCAUGUUCCUAGCUAUCCUCACCUCCCGGCACCAAGAGAAGGAUUUUGGCAAAGAAUUGCCGAGGAAGAUAUUGCUAGGGUUGACGUCACUUUUCUUGUCUAUAGCUGCCAUGCUCGUAACUUUUUGUGCCGGUCACUUCCUCGUGUUUGAAGAUAAUAUCAAGUACGCUGCGUUUCCAGUGUACGCUGUAACGCUCUUGCCGUUGUGUCUUUUUGCUGCGGCGCAGUUUCCAUUGUAUUUUGAUCUCGUGUUGGCUACAUUCUGGAGUCCGUUUUGA